CUUUAUGAUUAUUAUAUGGUUCAGAAGAACUGAUAAAUAUUCAGUUUUUAUACAAAUUUAUAAGUAAUUUUUUGAAUAAAAAUUUUAUUUCUAUGAAAUCAUUUUCAUUUAUCCAACAAUACGGAACAGAAGAACUGAAUUAUUGGCUUGUACUUAUAGACUGACGGGUUUGUUGGUGUAUAGGAGGCUGUGAGCUCUCCCCGAAAGCUUUCUUGUUGGCCUUUGCUUGCUGAAUAAACUCGUUCUUGAAUAUAAAGUGGUUGACCAUCACAUUUUUGAUUACUCUAAAUUUUUCAGAGACUAGAAGUAAUUGAAUUUUGUAAUUUUACGUACUCCUCCUAUUAUAUUUCUUAAAUUAUUUUCUGUAAAGAUGCCCAGUAUUAAGCUGCAGAGUUCUGAUGGAGAGGUGUUUGAUGUCGAUGUAGAGAUCGCAAAAUGCUCUGUUACAAUAAAAACCAUGUUGGAAGACUUGGGAAUGGAUGAGGACGAGGAGGAAAUAGUUCCGUUGCCGAAUGUGAACUCUGCUAUUCUGAAAAAGGUGAUCCACUGGGCGACCUACCACAAGGACGACCCCGCGCCACCCGAGGAUGACGAGAACAAGGAGAAGCGCACAGACGACAUCUCCAGCUGGGAUGCCGACUUCCUCAAGGUCGACCAGGGAACGCUCUUCGAACUCAUUUUGGCGGCAAACUAUCUGGACAUCAAAGGACUGUUGGAUGUGACUUGCAAGACUGUAGCAAACAUGAUCAAAGGCAAGACCCCCGAGGAAAUUCGAAAAACGUUCAACAUCAAGAAUGACUUCACAGCCACUGAGGAGGAGCAAGUUCGCAAGGAGAAUGAGUGGUGUGAAGAAAAGUGAACAAAUUGGACCUUGUAUAUUCUUGUACGGUAUUAUGUAUGCUCCCAUACGGCAAAUCACAAUUUUACACCUUGAUCAAACUAUUCAAACUUUAUUUCAAUUUCAACAAAAAUAGUAAAUUCGUUACGGUUCAUUAAAUGUGUACAUUAAAUUCUUGAUAUUAAUUUGGAUUGACUUAUGUUUAUUAUUAAAGCACUUAAUUUUUGUAUACAAAUUGAUCAUUCAAUUUAUUCGGACGGCUUGCAAUCAAUAAAUAUACUACUUUUAUUGCAUAGCGUUGAAUAAAGUUAUUUCAAAAAUGUAGUCUUGAGGUUUUUAAAGAGAUUUGAAAGAAAAUUCAUUUAUUUCGAUUGUGAAGUAUUUAUGUAUGUUUGAAAUAUUUGAACUCAGUAUUUGCAGAGGGCUGAGUAAACUUUUUUUGAAACAACAUUUUAAAACUGACAUAUGCCAAGAAAUAAUUUAUUACUUUUAUGUGUAAUAAUUAGAAAUCUGAAGAGAAAAUGAGGUUCUGAUAUUUUGAAAAUUCACUUUUAUUCACAAAUUAACAAGCUCUUAAAGGGCAUGAGAAAACUUGGGUAAGCAUGGGUAAUUAUCUUCCAUAAUUUAAGUGAGGUUAAUAAUGUGACUAUUCAAUAACCCCCCCCCCCAUUAUCUGUAUUUUCUUUUCAAGCAUACCGUAUCCGUCUCUGUUGCAUUUUCUAUUCUAUGUAUAUCUUUUCUAUUCUAUUAUUUAUUGCUUUGAAUGUUGUGUGCAUUUAUUUUCUAUAUACAAUUCAAUUUUUCAUCUCUUCAGUCCUCUUUAAUAGUAUUUGACAUAGUAAGUUACUUCUGUGUUCUUGCAUCAGCUUCUUCGAUCUUUCUGUAUUAGUUUUGAGUUAAAAUUCUGAUAAUAAACUGUUAAAAAUUUA